CAAAUAUGAGGACGCUUUGAGCAUCCGCGUGCAUAUCUCGAGCCUCUGGCUAGUGGGUUUUGUUUUGUUUUCUUUUCUUUGGCGAGUUUCCCGAAAGACUAUAUUGAAAACGGUUGCCGUAAUUUAAAAAGAAGGAACAUACAAAUCAAUAUGGAGAUAUUAUGCCAGAAGUGUUUGGUUAAAUAAACUGAGCCGCAACAGGUAUGCAGUGCGUCUCAAAUCGGGAGGGGUGGGAGAAAGAAACGACUAGUAAAGUUUGCACAUGCGCAGUAGGCAAACGGCGGAACGCUGGAUAACCCGGAAGUGGACGAAGAUGUGAAAGGUUAACUAUUGAAGCGACGGCAUGGCGGCCGGCUCUGAGCAGGGAAAACCUAUUCAGGGGAGACCUGAUGCUGACGCAACGAGCAAGGUUGUUUAUGGCGAGAAGGCUCAUGGAAACCCCGCGGAACCCAGCCAGGCCGCGUUCCCGCCGACUUUUAGCGUCUCUGAAAUUAAGAACAAGCAGCGGCGCCACUUCAUGUUCCUGCGCUGGAAGCAGCAGCAGAAGAAGGAAAAAUUAGCCCUUAAGAAAAAGAAGAAGAAGGAACGGGAAGCCCUUGGAGAUAAGGCACCACCAAAACCAGAACCAAAAACCAUUGAAAACCAGCGCGUAUAUGAUGAAACCACAGUUGAUCCAAAUGAUGAUGAGGUUACUUUAGAUGACGCUACAGAUGAAUUUGCUCCUUACUUCAACAGGCAAACUGUUCCAAAAAUUCUUAUCACUACAUCUGACAGACCUCGUGGGAGAACUGUGAGAUUCUGUGAACAGUUAUCCACAUGUGUUCCAAAUUCACAUGUUUAUUAUAGAAGAGGACUGGCUUUAAAAAAAAUUAUUCCACAGUGUAUUUCAAGGGAUUUUACAGAUUUGAUUGUUAUCAAUGAAGAUCGUAAAAUACCAAAUGGGCUUGUAUUAAGUCAUUUGCCUGAAGGCCCAACUGCUCACUUUAGGAUGAGCAAUGUUCGUUUACGAAAAGAAAUAAAGCGAAAAGGGAAAAAUCCCACAGAACAUCAGCCUGAAAUAAUCUUGAAUAACUUUACAACACGAUUGGGCCAUUCCAUUGGUCGCAUGUUUGCUUCUCUCUUUCCUCAUGAUCCUCACUUUGUUGGCAGACAAGUAGCUACAUUUCACAAUCAGCGUGAUUAUAUCUUUUUCAGAUUUCAUAGAUACAUCUUCAAAAAUGAGAAAAAAGUGGCCAUUCAAGAACUAGGCCCACGUUUUACCCUAAAAUUAAGGUCUCUUCAAAAAGGAACUUUUGACUCCAAGUUUGGGGAAUAUGAAUGGAUUCACAAGCGCCGUGAAAUGGACACGAGCCGAAGAAAAUUUCAUUUGUAAGAAUGACCACAGAAAUGCAGUUUUUGUAUUUUUUACACCAACAAAAGCUUCUGGAAUGCCCUUGAAGAUGAAUUCAAGUUGCACACGGGAACACCAGUACCUUCCCUGCAAACAUGGCUAUAACCCCUGCAAACAUGGCUAUAACCCGUUCUCUUCAGGGCUGAAAAUUCAGUUACUUUUUAUAAACAAUAGAAGACUUCAAGUAAAAGGAAAGAGACUGCAUCAGCCACUAUCUCCUUUUGUUACGUCAUGGACCCUUCUCAGAAAUAAUGCUUUAAUGUAAUUCUUUCAUAUCUUAUUCUGAAUUAAAGUAUAUCUAGUUCUGGAUUUUAAAAUAAGGUUUUGUGUUGAAUAUAUUAUUUGCCAAAAAUAAACAUUCUACAUGUCAAAUGAU